GGUUGCUUCAUCCACCUCCUGGCGGACGCCCGGCUCAAAGAGGAACAAGCCACUUGCCCCAAUUGCCGCUGCGAGAUCAGCAAGAGCCUGUGCUGCCGAAAUUUGGCCGUGGAAAAAGCCGUCAGCGAGCUGCCCUCCGAGUGCGGCUUCUGCAUGCAGCAAUUCCCCCGAUCCCUCCUGGAGAGGCACCAGAAAGAGGAGUGCCAGGACAGGGUGACCCAGUGCAAAUACAAGCGGAUCGGUUGCCCGUGGCAAGGUCCUUACCACGAGUUGACGGUGCACGAAGCCGAAUGCACCCACCCCACCAAAACCGGCAACGAGCUGAUGGAGAUUUUAGACGAAAUGGACCAAACGCGGAAAAAAGAAAUGCAGCUUUAUAACAGCAUCUUCAGCCUGCUCAGCUUCGAGAAGAUCGGCUACACAGGUUUUGCCGGCCGGGCUCUCUCCUCCUUCUCUCUCCCUCCUGGAAGCGCCGACGACGGUGUGAGCGCGGGCGAAGGGCCCCGCGCCAUCCCUUGCGCUCGGCGAACCCGCGGUUCCUACACCGAGACGGCAGGUGACCGGCUCGUCCCAAAAAUCUCCGGCGCCUUCGCCGAGCCGGCAGCGUCUCGGUGGCGU